UAUGAGUUAUUUAUGAAAUUAUUUCACGUUAUCAUUUAUCAUACCUGGCAACAUUCAAAAGAAUUUUUUGCUCCAAUUACCCAAGCAACCCUGCUUAUCAUUGACAGCAAGUGCAACAGCGGAAAGAAAAAGAUGUGCAGGAAACUUGUUUCAGUGAUUUAAUUUUAUUAUUAUUAAUAUUAUUUUAAAUAUUUGUCAUUUAGUUUGUACAUUUUGAGUUUUAAUUAAAAAUAUGUUUUAACCAAAUUUGUGUUUCCUUAAGUGUUUCAAAGUUUGCAUGAAUUAGUUUCGUUAGUAUUGACCUCGAAUGAACUGAAGUUGAGCGACCUCCCAAGAACAUCAAUGUAGCAGAAAGCAGCAUAGAAGAAUACAAAUAAAUCAGUCAAACUUAUCAGUCAGGUUCAUAGGAGCACGCAUGUUACACAUACAUAAAUAUUAAUGGUAAACUUUGACAUCAUUUUUACUACAACGCAUAGGGCGAAAGUGUACAAAUAAACGUUCAUACGGUCUAUAUUAACACAUUUCGUCUGAUAUGGGCGCAAGUGGUUUUAAGAACGAAGAUAACAAAGCGGCAAUAGCAACAAUUGUGCAUCAAGUUGGAAGCGGUAAUGGUACAAGUGGUAGUAGUUUAGCAAAUACAACAACGGCGACCAAUAUGAGCAUUGAAACGUGUCUAGUGUGUGGAGAUCGUGCAUCAGGUCGACAUUAUGGGGCAAUUUCAUGUGAAGGCUGUAAGGGCUUCUUCAAACGUUCCAUACGCAAGCAAUUGGGAUAUCAAUGUCGAGGAUCUAUGAACUGUGAAGUUACAAAACAUCAUCGUAAUCGUUGUCAAUUUUGCCGUCUCCAGAAAUGUUUAGCCAGCGGAAUGCGAAGUGAUUCAGUUCAACAUGAACGAAAACCGAUUGUUGAUAAAAAGGAGUUUGCUGGCAGCUCUUCCUCAGGAUCAUCCACGUCAACAGUAACCAAUGCUGCUGCAACAGCUACCGCUUUAAGUGCAAACAAUACUGCCACUGGAAGCGCGAAUUUGCUCUUUGGGCAUAAUCUGAGCGCCAGCGUCGGUUGCAACGAUAAAUCCGAAGCACCCUCUACUUCAAAAUCUUCUUCAUAUAUUCCAUACAAUUUAUCUUUACCAGAGAUUAGGCAAGCUAUUGUAAACAAUACAGAUAUACCAGUCCCACCUUUACCCUUUCAACUUACAUUUGCCGAUAUGAGACAGAUUAUAGAAAGUGCGAAAAAUUUCCAACAAGACAAGCAGCAAGCGCAACCACUAUAUUUCUCACCGGACUUGUCAAAACCUAUCGACGAAGAAGAUGAUGAUGACGAGUCUAUGGACAAUAGCAGCACGACGUGUUUGCAAAACUUAACUACCAAUGCAAAUAAUAAUAAUAAUACACAAAACUUAAAUCUGAAUAUAGACCCAGUGCAUAGUCCUGUCACAGCAGUUGGACAAAUUCAUACAGCAUUGGACAGACGGGUUAUUGAAAAAGCGUUACAAUUGCUAAUACCUAUACAAAACCAAUUGGAGCGCUUAUCCUCAGCAACUGGUAAUGGCAAUAUGGAAGGAUCACCCACAAUUAAAAAUGAAAUGGAUGAUGACGAUAUGGGCGAAGAUAGUGGCGCAGAAGAUGAAUAUGAAAUUGCUGAAGCAAUACUAGGUGUUAAUAAUGCCAAGGAAUUCGUGAUUAACGAGUGUGUCUUCGAGAAUGAGGUCUUGUCUAGUGCCCAAGCAGCUUUUAAUCUACAAACUCCGAACUUAAUAUCAGCCUAUCUCAAUCUGCAUUAUAUAUGCGAAACUGGUUCGCGCGUAGUUUUUCUUAGCAUCUAUUGGUUGCGCAAAAUAGCGGUAUUCGAUCAACUAGAUGCUCGCACACAAAUUAAAUUGUUGCGUGCCAGUUGGCCCGGUUUGCUUGUAAUUGCGCUAGCGCAAGUGAAAAGUCUAUCCAUUACCACAAUUAUCAAUACACUAGUGGCAAAUGUACGGCAACUGGCUGAUGUUGACAAAAUCGAACCACAAAAAAUAAGAAAGCUAAGCGAACACAUAGCGCGCAUACAUUCAUACAUACAAGAGACAUUGACGUUGGAGUUGGAUGACAUGGAAUUCGCUUUUCUACGCCUCGCUAUUUUAUUUAACCCACACAUGCUGCUGCGGAAGCGUGAACGUAAUGUACGCGACUUUGUGCGUCGCGUUCAACUAUAUGUACUAUCUAGUUUGCGAAAAUAUAUUGCUAGUCAAUUAAGUGACAAUGAGCAGCAGGCGGAAGAACGUUUUAGUACGCUAAUUAUAACAUUAAUACCAUUAGCUGCCUUAGAGUCAGAUAUUAUUGAAGAAUUAUUUUUUUCAAAUUUAAUAGGGCAAGUCCAAAUUGAAAAUAUGAUACCGUAUAUUUUAACACUGAGCGCCAACAAUAGCCUAUAAUUAAUAUGCAUAUUUUAAUUAUUGAAAUGUGUCGGGAGGUUGGUUUCUCGUCAAUGAGCAAAUGAAUUAAUUGCAGUCGAAUGAUACUGCUUAAGUCGGUUAACUCUAUAUACCUUAAUUUACAAUUUAGUGCUCGAAAAUUUAUGAUCAUCUCCUCCCCCGACCCCCCGUGUAAACAAUGGCUUAGUACUUAACUAAUGUCUAACAUACAUAUAUUUGUGAAAUAGAGCAAAGCAUUUCCUGAGAUUUCGCUAUAAGCUUUUGAUGGAAUAGUCGAUUUAGAUAGUCAACAAUUGCUGCUAGAACAACGAAAUUUUAAAGCGUCAAGUCUUCACCCAAGUGCAAGCGAAGGAUAUAUCCUUUGCUUAUGUUUACUUUAUACAAAAACAUAAUAAUAAAUAUGCAUACAUACCAUAUAUAUAUAGAUGAUAUAUAUGUAAGUGACAAUAAUAACAGACUGAAAGUAUGGAAAAUGAUUUAUAAAAGUUGAAAAUAGCGCUUUUUGGCUUUUAUAUCAUGGACUUUUGCUUGCGAUCAAAAAAAAAAAAAGAAAAAAAGAAAAGGCCAAAAUGUGGUAGAAAUUUUAAAUUUCACCUCAAAAUUUUAAAUUAAAGAGAAAAAAACGUUAAGUGCAAAUGUCAAAGAUCAGAUCUUUGCAAUUACAAUUAUAUGAAACUUUUUACAUUAUUAAGCAGCACCCAGUUAGGGUCAAGCUAUGUCAUAGAUUUAAGUGAAGCCUACAUACAAUGCGCAUUUUUAAUUUGCAAUAAAAGUUUAAUUUUUUACUUAAAAAAG